UUAAGUACCUCAUGGUACCUAGGUACUUAGGUAGGUACCUAUGUAAUAGCCUGCCCCUAUCAAGAUAUUUCGAUGGCUACCUUGUAGGGUUGAACAGGAGACAAAUGGGGUACCUUCUGAAAAGUGCCGGUGCGGGGAAUCCCCCUGGCAAUAUUUCCAGUCUUCAGGACGGAAGCCAAGUAGUAGGGGCUCACAAAUUAUAAGAUAUAACGCCUGGAUCUUCCCGUGUACUUUAUCAAUUCGGUUCAACUUGAAUCCUUAUGUAUUUAUACAGCACCUAGGUACCGAUAAUGCCGAUUUCCAAAGUAGCCAUUAUCACCGGCGGUGCAUCAGGACUAGGGCUGGCAGUCGCCGACGUCUUCUCGCGGAAGGGUUGGCGUGUGCACAUUUUCGACUUGAAUGAAGUUGAACUAGGUAACUGUGUUUCUCAUAUAGUCGACGUUGCCUCGUGGGAAUCUCUGUCGUCAUCUUUCGAUGCCGUUUUCAAGACCGAGGGCCGACUCGAUUUCGUCUUUGCGAAUGCUGGUGUUAUGGAAAAGGGGGAGUUCUUCGAAAGACAUGAGCUCUCAUCGCCACCACCGGAACCGGACGAGUCCAGUAUGGAUGUCAAUCUGAAAGGGGUGGUCAAGACGAGUUACCUGUCGCAACACUACUUCAGGGCAAACACGAAUGGGGCCAAGGACUGCGUUCUCCUUAUGACAUCAAGCAUCGCUGGUAUAUAUCCCCAAGCAAGUACACCUCUAUAUGCAGCAGCCAAAGCCGGCAUCUUAAAUUUCAUGCGUUCAGUAGCUCCGUUGUUCUACCAAGAAGAUGGCAUAAGGACAUACGCCAUUUGUCCUGGGUCCGUACGGACAAAUUUACUACCCAAGCCGUUAUGGGAUGCAUAUCCGCAGGAGUAUUUAACUCAGAUGGACAAGGUUACGUCCACAAUUGAGUUGUUAAUUGACGGUGCGCAGCUUCAAGAUUCUUGGGGACAAAAGUUCGAGAAGUCCAAUGUUGGCUUAACUGUCGAAAUAUUCGUCGACGAUGUCUAUUUUCGGGGUCCACCGGAUCCUUGCAAUGAUGGCAUGAGAUUCAUACUGGAACUCAUGAAACCAGGAAAAAAGAACGCCGCAUCCGAAAGAUCAGAAUAAUAUCUUAGUCCUUAUGGCGCAAACCUGGGGCCUAUAUACACAGGUAUAUAAGCUCCCUUACUAGGUAGCUAAUGCCUUUCGAAUACCCGAGAGA